AUGGCUGCACCGCCCUCCCAUCUCUUCCACUGGCCAGGUGGCAUUCCGCCCGAGAUCCAAGUUGACGGCAACGACAACACCCGCGAACAGGUCGACGAGGAGGCCCAAGCACAGCUGGGCCCGUCCUAUCGAUUUAACCAGUCAAAAUGGAUCAAGCUAUACAUUCUGUCCUGCCGGCUGGACGGUGAAUUGGGGCACUGCCACCGCUACGGGUCUGAUCACGGCGGCAUUGAUCCGAACCCUGCGACGUUUCCCGACCCGUCCACAGUGCAGAUCACCGACGUGCUGCCAAGGGCCAUCCUUGAAUGGCCAAUUUUGAUGCCAUGA